UAAAACUCCAAGCAUUCUGCUCGGUUGUCGCGAGUGUUAGGUUGUAAUUAAUAUUCCUGGUAAUUUAAUGUUUUCACGUAAUUUAAGCGUUAAUUAGUAUUUCUGUUAUGGCGACUGCUGAAAUUCAGAAUGAUGACGACAAUCUGGAAAAUCUCCUAGCUAAAGCUACCAACCCAUUGCACCGAGAACCAGAUCCCGAGGCUACUGCUGCAUUUUGUUCACUGAUUGACACAUUACGAGAUGGUCCUCAAACGGCCCUACGACUUCUUGCUCACAAGAUUCAGUCACCUAUAGAAAAGGAGUCUUUAAUGGCUUUAUCAGUUCUUGAAGAAAGUGUAAAAAAAUGUGGCUGUAAAUAUCGAUCUGAAGUGGGAAAAUUUAGAUUUCUAAAUGAAAUGAUAAAAGUUGUAUCACCUAAAUAUUUAGGUAGUCGAGCCUCUUCCAAAGUAAAGCAGAAGAUAGUGGAACUGAUGUUCCUUUGGAGCAUGGAUUUAAAAUCUGAAACUAAAAUAUUUGAAGCAUAUCAGAUGCUGAAACGACAAGGUGUUGUUAUUGAAGAUCCUGUAUAUAUAUUAGAUAAUUAUGAGCCUCCACCUCCUCCUCCUCCACGGCCAAAGAAUUCCAUUUUUGAAGAUGAUGAAAAAGCACAGCAACUGCAAAAGUUAUUGCGUAGCAGAAAUCCUGAAGAUUUACAAGCUGCUAAUAGGCUAAUAAAAAACAUGGUUCGAGAGGCAGAUAAAAAAAUGGAACUGAUGGCAAAAAGAUCAACAGAAUUGGAAACAGUACACAAUAAUGCUAGUGUGUUGGCUGAUAUGUUAGAGCAUUAUAAACCUGGAGAAGCAUCUGAGGAAGAAAAAGAUUUAAUGAAGGAGCUUUUUGAAAGUUGCGAAAGACUACGGCCAAAACUUUUUCGUUUAGCUGGAGAACUGGAUGAAAAAGAUGAAGGCCUUGGUGAAAUUUUAAAAGCAAAUGAUGAAUUGACUGUUGUAAUUAACAAUUAUAAAAAGAAGAUGGGUGUGCCAUCUGAAAAUGGAAGUUCUAAUACAAAGGAGGCUUCAUUAUUAGAUCUUGGAUCUCCUGUUCAAGAAUCUCAGUCUGCAGCCGCUAAUUCUUCUCUGCUGGAUGAUCAGCUGUUGGCUUUGGGUUUAGGUGAACCUGAUGCUCAAAGUUCUACUAAUGUGAAAUCUACAAGUGCCUCCAAUGCUGCUACUUCUGCCACUCUGGCAGAUUUGGAUCAGAUUUUUAAAAAUAGCAAAACAAAUAUUGAUGAUAUGAAGCCAUCAUUUUCUUCUGCUGCAAGUCUUAAACCUGCAAGUACUGUUAAUUCUGUGAUAAAUGAUUAUACAGCCAAUGUUCUUUUGUCUGGUGAUACAUCUGGUGUACCUUCUCUCACACCAGUACCUACUAUUGCAAAUUCAUCUGUUAAUUCUGUUAGCCAAAUAAGUUCUAGUGCAGUUUUAUCAAAGGGCUUAGAAGAAUUGGAUGAGUUGGGGCAGUCUCUUUUAAAAAAAAGUUUACCUGUAACUUCUGCAGUUAAAUAUGAAUUUCCCAGCACACCUCAGAAAGUUCCUUUAAGUCAACUAAUUCAACAACAAAAAGUUCAGACAAAAAUUGAGAAAUUGUCUUCACCUAUAUUAUCUUCUACUGUUACUUCGACUCAAGUAACACCUAAUUCACCAUCUGUAACAGAAGCAUCUCUAUCCUCUGAUAGGAUAUCUCCAGUGAACAGUCCAGCUCACAGUAGUGUGUUAUCUCUAAAAGACGUUUUUGUACCCUUAGAGACAAUUCGGCCAGGCUCCAUAUCACCUUUAAAUCUACAUGAGAAAAAUGGCUUGAAUAUUGUCAUUCAUUUUGGGAAAGAUUCUCCUAGGCCAGAUAUUACUGUAAUGGUAGUUUCUACAAUGAGCAAAAAUUCUAGUCCUGUAAAAAAUGUUAGUUUUCAAGCAGCAGUUCCCAAAUCUAUGAAAAUCAAGCUUCAGCCACCUUCAGCUACUGAUCUGCCACCACAUAAUCCAAUUUUGCCGCCAGCUGCUAUAACACAAGUUAUGCUCUUAGCUAAUCCUUUAAAAGAAAAUGUGCGUUUCAAAUAUAAAGUUAAUUAUACUAUAAAUGGAGUAGAUUUUACGGAUUUAGGUGAAGUGGACAGUCUGCUUGCGCCACGGUGACCUGUUGAUGAAAAAAAUGUCAGCUACAGAUCCAUAUAUUUCUGAAAUAAGGCCACCUUGUUGUUGUGCAAUCAUGCAGAAAAUGUGCAUAACAUAAAUUAUUUACAUUUAUGACUGUUACAUAUACAUAUUGUGCAUAAAUAUAGCCAUGAUAAAUAAGAAUAUAUUUGGAAAUAUUUUCAGUAAAAUGCAUUUCGCAUCAAGAGUCAUAGUUCUUAUUUUUACAUAGAUGAGUUUUUUUUUUUUUUUUUUUUUUUGUCUUAUAAUUUUUUACAUUUGUACAUUUAUUUCAGUAAAAAAUGAGUAAAUGGAUGAUAUUAAAAAAAUGUGUUGCUUUACCAAAAAUAUUGCUAAUAUGGCUGGUACAAUAUGUAAUUAAUAUGUAUUUUUUAAUUUUCCAGAUGUUUCUAUUCAUCAUUACAUUGGCUUUUAUUUUUAUGUAUGAUGAUAAAAAUAAACUAGAAAUUUAUUUACAUUUCUAGAUUAACAUUUUUUUAAUUUACUUUUCCUUUGUGAACUGCUUAUUAAGGAAACUUGUUUGUGUUCAGUAAUAUGAUGCACGUCCCAUAUAAUUUCUUGGAUCAUUCUAUUUACAUUUUAUUGAAAAAUGUUAUUUGUUCAGUUUUUUUUUUUCAAUGAUUACCCUUGUAGAAAUGAAUAAUAUGAAUUCCAAUUUCUUCUCUAAAACUUUUUUUUUUACUGAAGUUAAUUUAUUAUGAGAUUUUACUUGGUUCCAUAAAUACCUCCAAAUUAUUAUAGUUUCAAAACUUUAGUAGCAUUUUUCAAAAGUUAAUAAUUUAUGUUAAAUAAUCGAAAUAGUUAUUUUUAAAAAUAAGUAAUGAAAUCUAAAUUAUUUGCUGUGAUGAAUAGAUUUAUUUAGUCUAUAGAAACCCUAGUUUAUUGCUAUAAAAAAGGUAUAGCUUCUUUGAAUUCUUAGUCAUAAAACUGCUAAUGUAAUUAUAAAAACUUCUUAAGAAAACAAGCAUAUUUGUUAUUGAAAUCCCUAAUUUAUAAGAAAAUUGGAUUGUUUUAUUACACACGAAUAUAUUUUUAUGUGUAUAUAUUAGUCUGGGAAAUAAUAAAGGUAUAUCUUUCCGCUUUUGUAAGAUUAAUAGAAUCUGGAGAAGUGAAGAGGAGUAACAUUACCUCCUGUAUCUUUAUAAAAGCUGAUUUAUGUUGCAGUGGCUUGAAUAUGUAUAGCAUUAUUGCUGUUGAAAGAACUUGAAUUUAUAGAGCUAUAAAGUAUUUGGAGCAAAAGACAUAAAAAUCAGCAUUUUGUUACAGAGAUUCAAACCAUAGAUCUUCUAUUUGCUAGUUAAACGUGCUGCUAGUUAUACCACGAGAACAUACACAAGGAAAGGUUACUCCUUGUAAACUUUUCUACUAGAAAUUAAUUAGAUACUACAAAAUUAAGUACUUGUCCGCAAAAUUUCAUUAGUGCUGAUCCAGAAUUUAAAAGUGCAGAGUGUGUAAUUUAUUUAUAUGACACAGACCAAAAGAAUCUCUUAAAUACUGGUUUCACUGUAAUAAUUAUAGGCUUUUCUUUGUUGGCUUUGUUGGCUUAACCUGUUUGCUUUUAAAAGCCAACAGUUUUUAACAGAUAUUAACCAUUAUAAUUAACAGGGACUAUUUGAUAUGAAGUAUUCUGAAAAGCUAUAAAGGAAAGGAAUAUCCUCUGACUAUUUAUUGUAAGACUAAUAAUAAGAAAAAACAAGCUGAAGUCAUAUUUUUAAUUAUUUGUAAUAAAGAUAACCAAAAGCUUAACCACUUGUUUAUUGUCUACAUAUUGAACCAAGUGUUCGAAAAGUAACUACCAGGUUGUUCAAUAAGUUGGCGGAACGGAAAUGAAGAAACCAAUUUUUAUUUGAAAAAUGACUUUAUUUGUCAACGUAGUUUCCCUCAACUUCAAUACACUUAUUCCAACAGUCUUCUAAUUUAUGGAUCCCUUGACUGUAUUGGUUUUUUGGCAGCUCUGCAAAAUGUCCCUCCACGGCAGCUAUUACCUCUUCAUUGAAGAAAAUCGUUUUCUACAGAGAUAUUGUUUGAGGUGUGGGAAGAGCCAGAAGUCGGAGGGAGCUAAAUCUGGCAAAUAGGCUGGAUGUUGCAACAAUUCGUACUUCAAUUCAGUUAUUUUAGCAAUGCUUUUUUGAGCUGUGUGUGCAGGUGCGUUAUCUUGGUGGAAAAUGAUUUUCUUCUUCUGUAAUCCGGGUCUUCUUUCACGAAUUCUUUCGUCUAAUUGAUUCAAAAGGUUACAAUAAUAAUCUGAAUUAAUUUUUUUGCGAGUUUGAAGGUAAUCUAUAAACAAAAUUCCUUUCGCAUCCCAUAAAACUGAUGCUAACACCUUCUUAGGCUGAUUUUUGCACACGAACUCACUUCGGCGCCGAAGAGUCGGGUUCACACCACUCCUUAGCCUCCUGUUUUGAUUCAGGAUCAUGACGGUAGACCCAAGUGUCAUCCAUUGGGAUAAAUCAACGGAUAAAGUCGCUUUUAUUCUUCUUAAAAUGCUCCAAAUGUUGCUGGCAAAGUCGCAUCCGAAUAUGUUUUUGCUCCAUCGUUAGAGAAUGUGGCACCCAUUUUGCACAGAGUUUUUGAAAUCCAAAUUAACACUCAAAAUACUGCUCACUGUGCCUAAUGAAAUGCCUAAAGCCUCUGUUAAAUCUCUUUCUGUCAAUCGAAAGUCUUCCAAUACCAUAUCUUGUAUUUUUCCGAUGAUUUCCGGUGUUGAUGCAGUUUUUGGACGUCCCUCUCGCGGAUCGUCUUCAAGGCUGGUACGACCACUUUUGAAUAAACUAGCCCACUUGCAAACCAUUGUUUUUGAAGGAGCGGAUUCACCCAACACAUUCACCAUUUCGGUAUAAAUUUCCAUUGCCUUUAAACCUUUCUGUACAAAGAAUUUGAUAACUGCACGUUGCUCAAUUUUAUCCAUACCUGAAAAAAGCCACAACCCGUUAGAUAUAAAGGGUGGUUAAGUAAUGAAUAAAUUAACAGAGCGAAAUGAAACUUUUGACGUGUUCCUAAGAAAGAACAAAUAUGAAAAUGGCGUCGAAGUUUUAGGUCUAAUAUUGACGAAUAGAUGGCGCUCCGUAAACUUACUGAACAGCCUUGUAUAUACCGGUCAGUCGUAGUACCAUAGUAUCUAAUGUCAACUUGCCCAUACAGUAGUUGUUAGAAAUGAUCUCUUGAAUGUCUAAACAUUUCUAUUUUUAUUUCUUCUUAUUCUUGAAGACUGCCACGUGUUGUUUAUAUGGAAUGCUGUUUAUGAAAUAAUAGCAGUUGAAAUUCUCGGAGCCUGAAGAAGUUCCUUGACAAACAUUACUUUUUGCAUGUCUCAGUAGUAAAAAUCUUGUUAGAAAUAAUUCAGUCUCCACAAACCUCUUGCAGUAACUUCAUAGGCUGCAUGGCUGUCGCAGCAUCAUGUUUAAUCCAAGCAUAAUAAUUUCAUUCUUAGUUGUACUUGAACUGGUGAAGGAUUUCACAACAGCAGUCUAAAUUUAUUGUUUCUGUAAAGAAUAUUGGGCCAAUUAUUCUUCCCAUGGAUACUGCAAUCCAUACUUCAGUCUUCUGAUCGCAUAAAGAAAUCUCAGGCUUAACGAGUAGUUAUUAACAGAAAAACAUCUAAGCUUGAAAUCUAUAUUUGCACGUAUCCUGAUGAUCCUGACGAUGAUAGAAUCAUAUUUCUUUGGUGUGGAAAAUGUAUUUUAGAAUAUCAGUGUUGUCGUUUAGAAACUGUUGAAAGAACUGCUUGAAACUGUAGGUGUAUAGUUAUUUGUCAAAUGACCUUUAUUAUUUGCAUCUGAAACAAAUUGAUCAUGUAUAUGCUGAAUGACUGAAGUAAACUUUAUGCAGAUAUAAAACUGAGUUUAUUUAUGGGUAAUAUUAGGUUUUUUAGCUAUAAUGAACUUGCUUUUUAUCUUGCAAAUGCAGCAAAAUUGAAAAAUAUAAAUGAAUGGUUACUUAAUUUCAUUUACAACAACUGGGUGUUAUCAUUUAUAUCUUUUAUUUUAGCAUUUAAAUAAUAAUGGUACUCCUCUUCACCUUACCAUGUGUCAUUGAUUAAUGAAAAGGUAAUAUUUUCUGCAAUUUUUGUUCUUUGAAAAUGUGAGCCAACAACAAAGACUUCCGAUGUUUGUAAGAAUGUAUAAUUUUCUUUUACUAUAAAUUAUCAUUUUCAUAAAUAAAAUAUAAGAUAAUUCAGCUUAGCCAGAUAAAUUUCUAAUAAAUUGAAAUGAUUUCCCCCCCUUCCUAUAACGCUGAGCUUAAUAUUAACAUAUUCAUAAUAGUGCAGUAAAACUCUCAAUUAUCUGAAUAGCUUGUCAAUUUAUUUAUAUGUUUUUAAUUCCUUUUGUGGAUUUAAGUAAUAUAAAAAGAUAUGUAAAAACAGCUUAGCAAAUACUUUAAGAAGUUUCAAUGAAUUUAAAUAAAUGGGACUGCAUGUUUAUUGCUUAAAACAGAAGAAUAAUUUAUUGUAUGUCAAAAAGUAUUUCAUGCAUAAUUAUCUCAUUUAAUUAGAUGUCAUCACAUGUCAGUACUAUGUGAAUUGGUUCUCAAGUCUUUUGUUUUGCAGCACAUUAUAUUCUGGAAACAUUUUAUUCAUAGGAGCACUAUUUUAUAUAAGGUGGGCUGUAAAGAUGCUACAAUUUCACUUAGGUAACAGUUAAGGGAGAUUGAAGAGUUUGAAUGGUGUUUUAUAUACUUUGCAAAUUAUUAUUGGAGAUGAUAUAUAUUUAUAAUUGCUGCCACUUGGUAUGGCCCAUCAUGCCAAGUGACUUUUAAUAGUGAGGGAUAAUGAAGGGUUGUUUUAUGCUGUGAAACCAAGAAAAUGUUCAUCAAUGAAUUACCAAGAUGAUGAUUGUUUAUAAUAGAUAGUUAUUAUGGGUACGAGUGUCAAUAAUAGCAUGAUUGAACAGAUACAUCAAGAAACGUAGUGAGUAUGUUGAAGAUGUUUACUAAUUCAAGCAAGUUAAAUGACGUGGCAUGCGUCAUGUGAUACACUUUUUUAUAAUACAUUGAUAUAUCUAUUUAAACGAUAUCUUUGUGUCCCACCAUUUUCGUUUGUUUCCUUAAUUAUAAUUUUGUUCCUAUCAUGACAUGGCUGCAAAAUUUCAAAGCACAAUUCUUUAGAACUCCUCAGAUAAUAAACAUUAACAGAAAAGCAAUUGCCUACUGCUUGUAGGUUUAUAACUUUUUUGAUGAUGUGAAUUUUUAUUGCAACACCUUUUCUGAAAACAGGGUGAUACUGGUGUGAGGCUAGGAAUAUGUAUAGUAUAACAGCAAUGAGUGACUUGCUAUUAACUUUAAAUGUACAGUGGAGUUUUGAUAUAUUUUUUUCGUGUAUACUUUUUUGUUCUCAGGGAAAGUAUUAUUUAUUCUUGAGUAUAAUGUGCUUUGACAAAUAAAAAUAGUUUUAUCAAUCCAUAAGUCUACUUAUUUAAAGGAAAUAAUAUUUUAUUCUUUUAACUGCACAUUUUUUAUACAUAAAUAGGAUAAAGGAAAAAAUAAAAUGUCCUCAUUCGCAUUCAAAUAAAUUUGCAUGUGGAGGGGGGUAACAGAGCAGUUCAAUAAUUUUGAUUUUUUGAUUAACCAGAUGUUCCGUUCCAGUUAGUCUAGAUAAUUGAAGUUUUACUGUAUAGAUAGUUCUGCUAACGUUUCUCCUUUCCCUUAUAUCUCUGUUAAAUAUUUUAUGUAGCAUAUUGAAUUACAUUCCAGUUUUAUUUGUGUGAUUAUUUGUAUAAAUUUGAUAUUUUGUUACAAAAGCUAUCUUAAUAAAGCUUAGGAUAAUUGCUGAUUAUUACAAUUUUAGAGAUUUUUAAAAUGAUACUCAUUCAAAAAAAGAAUCAUAUCUAGUAAUGUUUUGCAUUUACUAUAUAAAUUACAUCAGAAAUGGUAUUAAAAUUGUAUUUUUCACAUUUUAAGUGUACUGUUGUAUUGUGUUUGUAAUGUGUAAAAAAAAUAAUAUUGUGAUUUUAUUAAAUUUUAUUUCUGUUUCCUAUGUUUACAUUUUAUUGUUUUUCAUAAAUAUUUUAUGAUUUAAUAUCAGUAAAGUAAGUUUGUCCGAUUUUUGUGUUAUUUCAUUAAAAAAAUUAUUUGAUUAUAUUUGCAUUGAUUAAAAUAUCUUUUAAAUUUU